AUGGCGGGACCGCCGACGCCCGCGCGACCGCUCGGGCGCGUCGCGCGCGGCGCGGCGACGGCGAGGGUGAAGAUCGACGCGUGGUUGGACUUUGCGUGCCCGUUUUCGGGACGGUUUUGGAGAAACUGCACGGCGGCGUGGGCGAGUUACGACGGGAAAGCGGACGUCGCGAUCGUCGUGUACAAUCAACCGCAACCGUGGCACGCGCAGAGCGCGCUGGCGCACGAGGUGUCGUUGGGGGUGGAACGACUGCGCGGCGAGGACGCGUUCGUCGCGUUUUGCGAGGCGGCGUUUAGCGAGAAAAACUGGGACAAGUUCACGGAUAAGUUCACGGAAAAGAUGACCAAGGGGGAGAUGUACGAUUUGUACGUCGACGUCGCGCGCGAGGCGAUGACGGGCGCGAUGGGCGCGGACGCCGCGGCGUCGACGGCGGGCGAAGUGCGAAAACUUUUGGAAUUGGACGCCGAGGCGUUGGCGCGCGGGGAGAAGAAUCCGGGCAACGCGAUGACGCAGCAGUUGAAGUUUUACGUCAAACUCGGACGGCAAACGGGCGUGCACGUGUCGCCGAGCGCGUACGUGAACGGACUGUUCGCGGAUACCUCGAGCGGGUGGAGCGAGAGCGAGUGGCACGCGUUUUUCGACGCCGCGCGUGGCAAGUGA